AUGUCGUCAGUAUUUAAUCCGCCAUUUAGUAACAAGUGCUUGUUUUGUGUUAAAAGUAAAAAAAAAUGUGAUUAUUAUGGAAUGCCAGGAGAGUUCUUAUGUAAUAGAUGUAUAAAUAAAGAAGAAUGCCGAUUUUUAUGUGAAGGUUGUUAUGAAAGUAUUAGAAGUGGAAAUUUAUUAGACUUAUGUUCAGAUUGUAAGAUGGCUACAAAAAAACCACCCGAAACGUAUGACUUUGCUAUGACUAUGGAUGUUCCAAAACUUUAUCUUAGCAUUGAACGCUCAAAAUGCAAUCAUAAAAUUGAAAUUACUCCUAACCAAGUGGCAAGAUUGUAUGCUACUUAUAUUAAACCUUUCUCAAAUUCUUCCGGACUUUCUGAAGUAGUUAUGGUACCCACCCCCACUCUACCUGUCUCGAGUACAUUGUCACCUCAACCAAAUGAUUUUGUUUUGUCCGCCGAUCUUCCGAAUAUGCCACCAUAUACACACGAUCCAAGAUUAGAUAUUUACAAUCCAAUGUCGUUGCAAUAUUAUAACUUGAAUAUUCUUCCACUCGAUGGUCAUUAUCAGCAAGGCGUUUGGUAUCAAUCCUUUAACGGCUGA